UACAAUGGCAACACUGGUUCAAAAUGUCCGACAAGUCCGUCAUGCCCGUCAUUUCAUUCAUUCACUUGUCUAUUAGCUAAAAAAAGGUCUAGCAACGGACGACAAGUGUUGGCAAAUUAGUGACGAGAAAUUUGUGUUACCUCUUUGUUUUAGCACUAAUUCCCUUGGAUUAGCUGUGAUUCCUGUGAAGCUCGAUCAGAUCCUGUGGGAGAUUGACAUAAUGGACCUCAGAUCCUAAGCCUACAACUCCUGUACUAUUAUGGCAUCUGGAAACUCUUCUUUGGAGAGCAAUGGCAGUAAUGAGUCAAUGUCCCACACAUACGUGAGCAACGAGCGCCACAAUGCCUCCCAGCUGCCCACCAUACCCAUCCCCAUCGACUAUGACAGCAACUACGAUAAGAACUACGUGAAACACGGCCACGUCCACGCCCCCGUGUACGAGUACGACGCGCUUACCAAACAGACCAAUGAGAGCUUGAAGCAGCAAUGCGAGAAAGCGCUACAUGAACUGAAUCAGCUUAGGAGGCAGCAUACAGAGACAUCUAGGCGUUGCGAGCAUGUUAUGAAGGAAUUGGAAUACUUCCGCGGACAGCACAGAGCAGCCAUGAACCAGCUAGAAGUAUCCGCACAGGAGGCCUCCAGUCUCCGGGGGAAGUAUGGGGAUCUGUUGAAUGACAACCAGAGGUUGGAGCGCGAAGUCCAACAUCUACAGCAAAGUGGAACUGCGGAAGGCAGCUCUGAUGCCUUGGUACACACUCUCAGAAAAUACGAGGCACUUAAAGAAGAGUUUGAGUGCUACCAGAAGAGAUAUGAUGAUCUCCUCGAGAACCACAACGUGACCUUGGAAAAGCUCCGCCUCAUUCAAGAGGAAAACAGUCGCCUGAAGACGCAGUGCCACGAACUAACGCAAGAGAGGAACGCUGUCAUUCGCGAGCGAAACACUCUGAAGCAGCAAGUAGCAAAUGUAGUUCGACAAUGGGAAGGUGGUGCUCGGGAGCGUGCCGAUAUGAAGAGGCUAACAGACGAGCGGAAUGCUGCUAUGGCGGAGUACACGCUUAUAAUGAGCGAGAGAGAUACAGUCCACAAAGAGAUGGAGAAACUCACUGACGACCUUCAGGCGGCGAUGAAAAGGGUUGCUGCUUUGGAAUCCGCAUUACAGCUCUCUAGAGAAGAGCAGCGUGCGCAAGCUCUACAGGCGGAGAGCCUCCGUCGCGAGAUCGAAUCCGCGCUCGUGGACCGCGACCGCGCCAUCAAGGAGUGCACCGACCUGAAGACUCCACAGAACACUUCCACACUAGGAAAAUCCCGACAAGACAACUCAGCGUAUCACCACUUGGGGCUCGCAAGCGGUGUUGGUACCGAUGGGUUCCUCAACGGACAACACUCCAAUGAUCCUUCGUUGGAUAAGUUACAAGGUCUCGUUGGCAUGUCCGGCGACGGUGCCGACAAAGAGCGCGUGGAUAAUCUCGAACAAGCCAACCAGGAGCUGCAGCGACUACGGAAACAACUCGAUCGCGCCGUCGCCGACCUGAACGACGCACAACGAGAGGCCGAGGUAUCGAAACGGCGUCGAGACUGGGCGUUCUCCGAACGAGACAAACUGCUGCAAGAGCGAGAGAGCGUCAAAGCGCUCUGCAACCGAUUACGAAAGGAGAGGGACGCCAUGGUGGGCGAGCUGGCCGAUGCUCGUCGCCACGGCGGUGCGAACGCCGAGCGCACGCGCCCACAAACAUCACACAAUGAAUACUAUCGAUUACUCUUUGAUAUUAUUUUACUACAGGAUAUAGAUUGGGAAGUAAUCGACGUAGAACUGAGCGGUCCCAACGCAGAUGGCGAGCUCGGCGUGGAACUGGCCGGCGGUAGAGACGAGCCUUACUUCCCUAACGACCCUAGCGUCUAUGUCACUUCGGUGGCUAAAGGUUCAGUGGCGGAAGGAAAGAUCAAGGUGCUGGACCGCGUAAUAGGCGGCGGCGCCGCCGGCUGGGCGCGCGCGGGCGCAUGCGCGGCGGCGCUGCGCGCGGCCACCGUGCGCGGCGCCGCGCAGCUCCGCGUGCAGCGCGCCGCCGCGCGCCGGCUGCACCGCCCGCUGCGGCGCGCCGACACCAGCGCGUUGCAUCUGCAGCACGGUAUUUUCAUCAGUAAAAUAUCUUCGGGUAGCGCCAUCGCGAAAGAUGACAACAUCUUCGUAGGGGAUCGUAUAAUCAGUAUUAACAACAGAUCGCUUGAAGGCAUGAAGAGCGUGUCGGAAGUGUGGGCACUCCUUAACGAGUGUCAAUAUGAAACUGUGACACUUACGUUGUUGCGGCCUCUCUAUCCCUGCUGCUUAGACGCGAACAGACUAUCACUGUUUGACUCCAGCGAAGGCAAGAUGCUGAGUCUUUGCUCGCAGACUGAAGACUGGUCUCCAUUUCUUCACCCACCUUCAGACUCAAAGGUCCACAUAGAGCACGGUGUACCAGAUUUUGACCGUCGGUACGUGUACCAUGUAGCAGCUGGAAGCCAGGGCAAGAUACAUCAGGAGAGAGGUACGUGGGACAUGAUCAGAGGAAAGAUUGAGGCGGUCACCGGACGUAGCAAGUCGAAGGACAAACAAAACAAAGUACCAGAGUCUGACGCGAUAGCAGAGUUGGAUUCUGUCAUCGACAGCUAUCAUGGGAAAACAAUCAAAGAAACCAGCAGUGUCCUGAAACGUUCGCGAAGAAAAAACAAAGAGUCGCAGAAUGAUUCCAAAAAUGGAGGCACUUGGCCCAAGGCGCGAGCUAAUUUCGGCCUAGAAGAGAACCCUACUGGGACCAUCGUCCAACCACGGUCGAGGAAAGAACGACCACCGCUGUCCAUGCUCCUUAGUCCACCCACCAAGCUACAACCAGAACCACAAAGGUCCAACACGAAUCGGAACUCAAACCCCAUACCCCUAGGCCACGCGCCCUUAACACAAGUCACCACCCCAGCGCGGCACUCAGUCUACAAAUCUAUAGAAUCGUCCCCAGCUGUAGCCCAUUUUCCCAAACCGGCACCUCUAUCCAUCCAUAAUCCUCAUCCCCAAUUCACAUCCCCAAGCAUGAACUUCGAGAAAAUCCGGACGCUGGAGAAAGAUAAAAUGUCCAUGAGCGACUAUUCCGAACAUGACAUCACACCGAACAGACUCAGUUUAGCUCUGAAUCCCUCUGACGAUUCUUUAGACUACCAGCCAGUGACCAGAAACAGAACUAAAAGCCCUCAUUCCUUAGACUUCAAUGUCAAUAAAGGACCAAGCUCCUUAGAUUUUAUUUCGAGAAAAACGCCAACAUCGCUCGAGCACCAGAUGAAGAAUCAUCCUAUUCUAGAACAGUAUUAUGCUCCUAAAAAGUCUUCAUCGCCGAAAACGGUGAACAAAUAUCCAUCAGACAGUGACAGCUUCGGUCCUGACAGUUUAAAUAGCAACACCAAUUUUGCUAUGACAGGGACCUUGCCGUCCCAAUCGCGGUUACAAUCUCAGUAUUACAGAGGACCUUUCGUAAAUUCGAAUCCUCACACAUCGAGUCGAUACCCUCAUUUAGCGAGCCCGACCAACAUCCCUCAGAGUCAGUCAGGGGAAAGCAUAGGAACGAGCUAUGAAAUGCAUUCGUUCCCCUCACACACUCACAACAUGUCUGAUCUCCAGCCUGUACCACGUGCGAAUAGAGUAUUAGGCGACUACCCUCAUGUUUACGAAGGCGGCACAUUCCCGAGAAAGAAGGAGAAUCAGAGAUUCAGAAUCCCUUCAAAUCCUAGUGUGACUUCUAAGAAUUCAGCUGGAAAACUAAGCACAGGCUCUAUUGAGAGGAGUUCAGAAAGAAAUUCGCCGAUGCCAACCUAUCAUGUAGAAAUAUUAAGCCCAGGAAGAGGAGCGAAGCAGAUAGCUCAUAAAGCAACCAGGAAUUCAAUGCCUGAAUACACUGGCUUAGGCUGGAAUAAGCCAUUACCAGGAGAACUUAGGAGAGUGCACAUAGAUAAGAGUCAACAGCCGUUAGGCAUACAGAUCUACUGUCCACCAAGCAGCGGAGGUGUGUUCGUAUCAACUGUAAACGACAACUCACUUGCCAGUCAAGUAGGUUUGCAAGUCGGCGAUCAGUUGCUUGAAGUUUGCGGUAUUAACAUGAGAUCAGCUACCUACAGUCUAGCCGCCAGCGUAUUAAGACAAAUAGGCAAUUCGAUAACCAUGCUAGUGCAAUACAGUCCUGAGAAAUACAAAGAUGAGGUUGAAGUCUCUGGGAGUUCGUCCUCAGGAGAAAGUUCUCACGAUGAAGAAGUUUCCCUAUCAGGAUCUCCAACCCCCAGGAAUUCUCCAGGCCCACAGCAGUCUUUAAGAAUGGAAGCGCCGUCGACUGAAGUUGCGACUUUAAGACAAUCGCAGACGAGUAAAGACUUGCCGAGGUUUCUUAUAAUCGAAAUGAGGAAUUGCUCGGAUCUUGGGAUAAGUUUGGUGGGGGGUAACGCAGUGGGGAUAUUUGUGCAUAGUGUGCAGAUUGACUCGCCGGCUUAUAAUGCGGGAUUGAGGACAGGGGACCAGAUUAUGGAGUACAAUAAUGUGGAUUUGAGGAGAGCGACGGCUGAGCAGGCUGCUUUGGAGUUGGCCAAGCCAGCGGAAAAGGUGUCCGUCCUAGUCCGCCUAGACCUACAGCAGUACCACGACAUCAAGGAUAAGCCCGGCGACGCCUUCUACAUCCGAGCGGGCUUCGACCGAUGCGCUAAAAUCACAUCCACAGGUGUCGAUACGAUAGACGAGUACUCGCUGUGGUUCCGCAAAGACGAAGUGUUGUUUGUUGACAACACCCUCUUCAAUGGCGCUCCAGGCUUGUGGCGGGCGUGGCAAUUAGACUGCAAGGGGCAGAAGCGGCACUGGGGCACUAUACCCAGCAGGUUCAAGGUUGAAGAACUUCUUCGACGUUCCAUGGGCUCUCUCGACGGAGAAGCGCAAAGGCGGGCCUCGAGCACCGCGAGGCGCUCGUUCUUCCGCCGCAAGAAACAUCGAGACAGCAAGGAACUGGCUUCGUUUUCCAACACGGAGCUAGGAUGCUGGAGCGAUUCGGGCGCUCUCGUUUCACACGACACGCUACUCACCUACCAGCGAGUCGAGCGGCUGCACUAUGGCAGCCAUCGUCCCGUUGUAGUCCUCGGGCCCCUCCGCGACUGCGUGGCCGCCAAACUGAUCUCCGACUGGCCGGGCGUGUUCGCGCGCAUCCGGCCUGAACCAAUCGCUAUUAAGGAGCUCGCUGAGAAGGGCAUGCAUUGCAUCCUCGACAUAAGCGUAGCCACCAUCGAGAAGCUUCACAAACAACAGAUGUACCCUAUCGUAUUACUCAUAAAGUUCAAAUCGUGCAAGCAAAUCAAGGAGGUCAAAGAUACCCGGUACCCUGCGGAUAAGGUGUCCGCUAAGGCUGCGAAGGAAAUGUAUGAACAUGGACUGAAGAUUGAGAAUGAGUAUAGAAGUUACAUCUCAGCCGAAAUACCUGCAGGCGUCAACAUAGCGUACAUGUGCACCCAAAUCAAAGAGGCCGUCGAAGAGGAGCAGAACAAGACGCUCUGGUCCGUCACCUUCUGCUCCCAUUGUAAGUACGAGAAACCUUACAAGCUCUCAGACCGAGACCUACGCUACUACUCCGACCCAGGACGAGACAUCCCUAAAACGAAGAAAAAACCCAAGGAACUGAAACGAGACUCCACCGAUAGCGACUUAAAAUACUACUCCGAACCUGACGCCAAAAACUACUUCGAAAUUGACUAUGAAUUCUUGAAAGAGCUGCGGAGAAUCGCUAGACAUAACUGCCCUAAAUGCAGACGCAAGAGAUCCAGAAAUUAUAAAGAGACCAGAAAAGAGAAAACCAAAAAACCGAUAAGACCUAAGGCGACCUAUGUCUAUUGCAAUGGAAAAUACCAUAGCGAUCAGGAGCAUUGCCAGCUAUGCUGCCGUGUGUGUAACAAAUCUACAGACACGCUUGACUCUAUAGAUGAUGAUCAGUAUUCACUUGUGUCUAAAAGCUACAGCUUACCUUCUAGCAGAGCGACCACCAGCUCCAGAUCUCGUUCGACACCUAAAAAAAAUAGAGAGCGGAAGAAUUCCACGCAAUCUAUAAAAUCUGUUUCGUUCUUAGAGUCGAGCAAUGAGGAGUCGAGAAAGGAUGAACCGAACUAUACAGCUAAGAGUUUCACUAAUGAUUUAAAACAGUUUCUGCUUAAACCGACGCCACCGCGCUUGAGCUUAAGAGACAAGUUCAUAAUCAGCUUCAAACAAGAGUUCGAAGCGACCAAAAAAUCUCCCAAACUCAAAGCCAUUAAAGGUCUUUGGAAAUCCUAUUAAAUCCUAUAUUUUGGUGCAUUUAAAUAAUUUAUUUGGUGCUUAUUUGGACGGACGUCCCGUUAUUUAAUUUGGAAAUAACGUAAGUGUUCAGAAUGGUCUAAAAUCGUUGUUAACCAAGUAUUUGGUGCUAAGUAAUCUUUUAUAGGCUCUGACAAGCGUUAUACUCUGCAAACUUUAAAAUGCCUAAAACUACAGACAAUUUUAAAUGACACAAGAGCGUUUUUUCUCGUAAAACUAUUUGCUAUAAUCUUUAAAAUGCCUAAAUUUAGAUGUUUAGAUGCAUUUUUCUUAUUCUGCUCGUAGCAGUUUAAUCUCUUAACUAAAAAUAUAACCUAUAUUAAGCUUAUUUAUUCGAGUGUAAUAAUUAUGGUCUAAACGAAAAUACGAAUUUGUAACAUAGGUUUGCACAAGGCCACUGAAAUGAGUAGCGUAAAAAUCGUAGUAUUAUUUCUCUCAUAUUUUCUGUAGGUAUACGAUUGAUAGCGGUAGAAAUUGCUAAGUAUUUAUUUAAGAAAAUGAGAAUCGUGUACCUAAUACUUACUGAUUCUAUUGUCAAGAGAAUAUUUCGAAGCAUUAAUGCGCCAUGCGCGUCAAAAAAUAUCUCAAAUUUAACAAAAAAAAAAAAUUGACUGUACUUCAUCAAAUCAUCAGAAAAUUAAUAAAAAAAAAAUCUAUGACAUUUAGCUCAGUCAUAAAAAAAAAACAAAUGAGAACAACUUUAUUUUGAUAUUUACGUUACUCUUUUAUCAAUGCUGUACAUUUUCCAAGCAUGCAUUUUUUUUUAAAUUUUUUGGUCUUUAAUUUAUUUUUAUUACCUACCUUCAUUAUAUGUUUUAGGUCUUUUUGGUAUAGACAAUACAAAAAUUAACCUUUUGAACGUAGUUGCGCGUCAGUUGACUUCUUUAGCCGUGAAAUGGUUAAAAAAUAAAUGCUUGGAAAAUGUAUGGUUGGCCUAACUAGUUAUUUUUCGCACCAAUAUGUAUAACUUACACUUGAUAAUAAUCAAAUACCGUUCCAAGCAAUAUUUAUAAUAAUUAUAAUUAUAUCAUAUGUAUUUCAUAUACGAUAUAAGACAAUCCGUAGAUAUAUAAUAAUUAUGUAGGGUUCUAUUAGUGUAUGUAUAGUACGAAAUUCUUUUUGUUGUGUUUAUAGAUGUUUAUGUAUUAUAGAAAAAUAUAUCAAGUUUUUAUAGUAACUUUUAAAGUGGAUUAGGAGUAGUUUACUUCAUAUCUGAGUAAUGUGAGACAUACAGAUAGCACGGAAAUUCUUAGGAAAAACCAUAGUAAAUAAUUUAAUCCGACAUUUUUGUUACUUCUUAGUCUUUAUUAAGUAUUUUUGGGUUAUUAUUUCCUCUCCCAAGCAAAAAAAAACACGCUCGUCGCCAUGAAAAAUGUAAAAAAAAAAACAUUACGUUUGUGUAGAUUAAGGCAAAGGCGCGGUUUUUUUGUCACGGUUUAUUUUAAGUACCACGUCGGUGGCAAACAAGUAUACGGCUCGCCCGAUAGUAAGCGGUCACCGUAGCCCAUUGACGCUAACAACUCCACUGUGUUACUUGCGCGUUGCCGACCUAACGGGCCCUGUACACACCUUUUUUGAAGAACCACAUCCUGAUUAACCCUCGAGGAAGCUUCGGCAGGGAGCUCAUUCCACAGCCGGAGCGUCCGCGGGAGGAAAUUCCUCUUACACCGCAAAUUGCGCGACCAUUUAGGUCCUAGGGUGUGAGGACGAACAUCCUGCCGACGGCGAGCAAUGCGGUGAUAGAAAGCGGCCUUUGUACAGUCAAGUGUAAAAAUAUGGGUGCACAAAUCAUACUCAAAAAUAUGUCCCAUAGCUGUUAUGGCAGCUAAUUAAGAACUAUGGGACAUAUUUUUGAGUAAGUUGUCUACACCCAUAUUUUAACACUUGACUGUACAAGCGGUAGAAUACAUACAAGAAAAGCAAAGUCUUAAAGGUUCAAUAUCGUUUGCGAGUUUCACUUCUCGUGAUAUAUACGUGUUAAAUUGUCUACAAAGUUUAAUGAUUGAAUGGCCGUGAUAAAAGUGCGAGUUGUAACUGUGAAACGACUGUAAAGAGAACCUGUUGCGUGACGUCAUUUAAACUGUCGUUUGCAUAUAACGAGCGAGAUUAAAUCGCUAACGACGUGCUCCACACCUACCGUACCGUUACGGUUUUUUACACGAUUUUAUUUAGCUUCACUGCUUAUAUUUGAAUAAUAAUAUGUGGAUCAAAUAUUAACUUAAAUUUGAACCACUUCCCUGUGUCUGAAUCAGUUUAUCAAUGUUUGCAUGCUCAGGUUAAUGAGCACUGCUAGAGACCCUAUAAAUAUGGGUGCUAAUGUAGUAAACGUGUAAACAACUGCAUAAGUGAAAUUGCAAAUAGGUAUGCUGUGUGGUCGGUGUGCGCCAGUUUACUAGGGCCUAUUAAUGUUUGCAUCUUCAGGUUAAUGCGCGCUGUUAGGGACACUACAAAAUUGGGUGCCAAUGUAGUGUAGUAAACAACUGCACAAGUAUAAUUCCAAAGUUGUUGUGUGGUCGGUGUGGACCGGUAUGCUAGUAUUACUCGGUCUAUCAAUGUUUGCAUCUCCAGGUUAAUGCGCCCUGUUAGAGACACUACAAAAUUGGGUGCCAAUGUAGUGUAGUGAACAACUGCAUAAGUGAAAUUCCAAAGUUGUUGUGUUGUCGGUGUGGACCGGUAUACUAGUAUUAUUUGGUAUAUUAAUGUUUGCAUCUCCAGGUUAAUGCGCGCUGUUAGAGACACUACAAGAUUGGGUGCCAAUGUAGUGUAGUGAACAACUUCCAAAGUUGUUGUGUGGUCGGUGUGGACAGGUAUAAUAGUAUUACUCGGUCUAUCAGUGUUUGCAUCUCCAGGUUAAUGCGCGCUGUUAGACACUACAAAAUUGGGUGCCAAUGUAGUGUAGUGAACAACUGCAUAAGUGAAAUUCCAAAGUUGUUGUGUGGUCGGUGUGGACCGGUAUACUAGUAUUUCUCGGUCUAUUAAUGUUUGCAUCGCCAGGUUAAUGCGUGUUAGAGACACUACAAAAUUGGGUGCCAAUGUAGUGUAGUGAACAUCUUCCAAAGUUGUUGUGUGGUUGGUGUGGACCGGUAUACUAGUAUUACUCGGUCUAUCAAUGUUUGCAUCUCCAGGUUAAUGCGUGCUGUUAGAGUUGACUAUAAAAUUCGCUUGGAAGCGUUAAUGUCACGGCCAUUACUGCUGUGUAAAGGCGGGUCCACAUUUGCUUGAAAAUGUGUGUCGAACUGACUAUACCCUGGGCGUCCAUUGUUGAUCCCUAUGACAGUUAAUUUUUAUAUGGAGCAGCUGUCAUGUUAAAUGUUUGUACACGUUUUUUGGAAGUAUAGAACAUUAAUUUAUAUAGAAAUUUAACAUUAAAGUAAUAAAAAUAUACAUAUCUCUUCAAUUAAGGCUAAGCUUAGUUAAAAUAAUCUCAAAAUAUAGAGAUUGUAACUGAGUUAAGACGAAUGUUUGUACCUAACCUCUUAUGAAAUAAACAGUUUUUUUUUAAAUUACUUUUAAAUUAAGCCUAUACAAAAGCAACUUAGAGGAACUGUCAUAGGCUUCAUCAUUUGACGCGUGAAGUAUAAUUGUAUCAUAAGUAUGUUUGAGGGAUUCUGCUCUGCUCCGAGUAUUUGGAGCGUUUAAAAAAUCAUUUAUUACCAGGAAAAUUAGUGUAUAAAAAUAACUGCUUCUUGGGGAUACAAGUCCGUUUUGGCUACCGGUAGCGUACCAGGUCUGUAGAUAUCACUAGACUUAUAUUGACCGGGAUAUAGACCGUGAUUAUCUUUUGUAGUCUAGUGAAACUAAGUCCGUCCGUCCGUAAGUCCGUCCGUCCGUAGGUCCGUCCAAGUCACCGAAAUGAAGAUGCUUCGGUGGAUGUGCGGAGUAACGAGGCUUGAUAAGAUACGCAACGAGCACGUUCGCGGUAGCCUCGGAGUACGUGAUAUCGCCGAUAAGCUACAAGAGAGUCGACUGAGAUGGUUUGGACACGUGAAAAGAAGACCUCCUGAUUACAUCGGGAAUGUUGCUAUGGAUCUGAACAUUGCUGGGUCCAGAGGAAGAGGAAGACCGAAGAUGAGAUGGGCAGAUACCAUAGCAAAAGACAUGAGGGCCUGCGACGUUUCAGUAGACGACACGUCCGAUCGUGCGAAGUGGAGAGAAAAGACAAGAAAAGCAGACCCCACAAUCAGAUGGGAAUAAUAAUUGCUAAGGAGAGAGAGAGAGAGAGUCUAGUGAAACUAACCGUGAAUCAUUCAAAACUGCCUGUAGAUAUGCUUAUUUGCCACCGACGUAGUGUUAUAAUUACUUCGAAAUCAUGCAUUUACUUGCUAAUAAAUCUUAAAAGCUAGCGUUUUUAGAAAAUCGACCCAUCAGAUUUUCUAUAUUAGGUAUUUCAAAGUAUUUCCGUGCUAUCAAGAGUAAGGAAAGGUUUUUAGGCAAAUUAUAUGCAUAGAUUACCCUAACCUACGAUUCGUACAGACUGUAGUUCUAGUGUUAUGAAUAUGUACACGUAUUUAACGAUGCCGUCUCCUAUAUACGAAAAUUAUGGUUUAACCGACGAUAAUAUAAAUGUACGAGUUUGGAGUAAAUAUGUAGUGCAUAAUUGUUUUCCAUCGUAUUUUCUCGGAAACGUUCGUGUUUGUCAUGCUACUUCAGUCAACUUUAGGAGUUUUUGUACCGAGACUGACUUAAAUAGCAAGAUACGUUCGUGCGUUUCCGUGAAAAUACGAUGUUUUUUUUUUCUGUAACGUAACAACAGUCCGUCUAAGUUAACUUUGCACUGACUUGGGCAAAGUGAGGGAGUGUCAUUGUAAACGAUAUGUUUUCAUAGAAAUUUGUCAAUAAUGAUGACAUUGUCACACUUUGUCAUUGCAAAUAGUUAGCUUGGUCCGAGUCUAAGCGACAAAGAAUAAGUUUUAAUGUCAAAAAGUUGUUUUUAAAUACGAUAAACGGAUUAAAAAAAUCGGAAAAAUAAUUAUAAAAAGGUUGUCUUAUGAAUUUAAAAUUGUACUUAUUAUAUUUUAUAUAUGUACCUAAAAAUGGGGUGACUUUGUAAGUGGGGUGAUUCUCUUCGCAGAUUUCUGUUGUAAGAACACAUCAAAGUGUAGGAUUAAAUCAGUGUUAACAGUUUUGAGUCUUAUCAAGGUAUCCCGGAUUUCUAAAGUCACCCCAUUUAAUAUCAUUCAGAGCUAGAUAGAGAUGUUUUCUAUUCGAGAUAUCAUAGAAAUGAAAUCGACUUCGAUAUUACAUCGAAUAGAUAGAGAAAUUCUUGCUAAGUUUUUCCAAAAUUUUUAUUUUUUAUUUUUGGUCAAGCUUAAAGAUAAAUACUCCAACUCUAUAAGUAUAGAUAGUGCCAAACAUAUGGUUGUUUUCGACUCAAUUUCUAUAAGCAAUAAUCUACAAAUCAUGUAUAAUAAUUAUUGUAGCAAUAGCAAUGUGAAACUGUUAGUUAAAAAGCGUUUUAUUUUAUGCAUUUAAAGGCAAUUUUUUUUACAAAUCGACCGAAAGGGACCGAGUUAUUAUCGUAGUGUAAGCAUACUAUAAUUGGCUAAAAAUAUAUUUUUAUUGACUACUGAGUUACUAAAAAAACUCAGCCUGCGAUUCAGUCAUCUUUGCUAAAUAUGAUAAAUGUUAAUCGUCUCCAAGACAUAUUAAAAACUGAAUUUAUCAAUUUGCAAAAGAAAAUUGCGAACAUCUAAGCGGUGACCACAAACGACAAGAGUCCCACAUUCUAGCUCAUAAAAAACAAUCGUGUGGUCAUCCUGUCCCACAUACAGACCGCCCGAGGCGAAUCGCGCGUUUUUCAAAACAAUAACCUUGAUAUGUUAAAUCGUGAUUCGUCAAAUUACAUGUCAAGCGAUUUUGUACUCAAAUACGUGGAUAUUGAUAUCGGAUUCGGGCUCUGUUAAAUUUGCAAUGAGGUUUGUAAUAGUUUUUAACGAGAGAGAUUUACUUGCGUAUUUUUUACGAUGUCUGAGUUUAAUUGUAUCCAUUCGUCAUAUAGUGCUUAUUGUUCGUUUUUAUAACAUUCAGAACUGGGUUAGAAAUAGAUUAUGAUGAUCACAGUUUGCUAUUGGGUUGUUUUUGGUGAUCUAGUGUCGUUAUAUUAAUUUUUUCCUUGUUUUUGGCGUUAUAUAUAACGUUCAUGGCUAUGGCAAGAGAUUUGAAGUUCGAGAUAGUAUAGCGAUAAAAACUCAACGCGGCAAGUCACCAUGAUAUAAUCAGAGCCAACCUACUAGGUUAAAACCUGACCGUUUACGACGAGCCGCAUGACCAGUUACGUUUCUAUUAACCCCAUUUUAGAACGUCGUCCUUUUCGCUCUUAUAACGUUUAAGCAUCGAAUGUAAGUGACGCAAUUCACGAACCCAAGACACCAGUUUCGAGAUCUCAUUGGUUUACAUGUGAUGAGGCUUUUUUACUCGAUUUAUUAUUCACCACAUUAUUUAGUUAAGUUUUUGUAUAGAGACAUGAUUUUAUAUUACGUUUUAACGCUAUUGCUUUUGCAUACACAAGCUUGUUCGCAAGUUUAUUAGAUUUAAGAACCCGUUCGCAAAACCAUGAUUUGAUAAAGUAGUCUGUAAAGUUAUAAGUAACUUAGCGAGCGGAGUGUUGCCAAAUUACCUUUACAUUUACACGCUCUUAUUAUCUUAAUAAAGUUGUGGUCAGAUCAUUAUGAACAUUAUGAGCGUUCGCUUAGCUACUUCUGCUGGUGAUUAUAUAACAGUUUCAAUAUCUAUCAACAUUUACUUGGAACUGUAAUUCUCAACCCUUGGAUGUGAUUUGUUUAGGGCAAAAGUUUAAUGGAUUUUGUAUGAACGGGAGAUAAGAUGGAAUUUUGAAGUACGGGCCGUAGGUUUCAUUCGUUCUUUAAUAUUUAUUUUAUUACAAGAUUACGUUAAUACUUCAAGAUAUCGCUAUUAGAGCAAAGAUUUUCACUAAUUCUCUGCUUAACGUGAUGUAAAAUUAACUGUGCCUUAGUUUUUUUAUUUUUACAAUUUUGCCGCUUUAUAUCGAAAUUGAAGUUGAAAUGUUUAACUUAUCAACAAUUUACGAUGAGGUCACUUUGACUCGUAUAAAAGCGGUUAAAGGUUUAUUUCAGACUUGAAUUCCGUACAGUGUAAUUUAUUUAUAACAAUAAUUCCAUAAAGUCUCUCGACGAUCUUGCGAGUGAAUAGAAAGUUACCAUAUUAUAAUUUGUUUAGAGCGGUCAUAGCACAAAAAUUGCGACAAAGGUUCGGCUUUCAAGAGCUUAAGCUUAUAAGUUAACUUUAAUUUGAUCUGAUAUUAAUAUUAAGUUUGAUAUUAGUUGUUCGCUAAUAUUGUUUUUGAUAUAAUUAUAUUGUACAUUUUUUUAAAUGAAAUAUUGUAUUAAAUAUCGUUAUGUGCUGAAAUGUAUUUUGAAAUUGACAAUAAUCAGUAUUUAAAGUAACUAUUAAAACUAUGGUAAUGUAACUUCAAUUUAUUGUUUUGGAAGUAUAUAUUUAUCUGUUAAAGUUUGAAAUAUUAUUCUGUAUUGGUAUUAUUUUUAUAUAGAAUUGUUUUACUCUUAGGUACUUAUACUUUUAUUUUAUAUGGCCAAUUAAGUAAUAGUUAUUAAAAGUUGUUUAUAAUCAAUAAUAAUUUCAACGAAUUGUUUACAAUUUAGUAGAUGAAAAAAUAAAAAUGAAAUAAUAUAAAACAUACGACAUCA